CUGCGUUGCUUGACCGCCAAACAAGUUUAAGAAUACAGGUGCAACAAAGCAUUGACUUUAGCCAUACGAACAAGAAGUUAUUUAUGCUAGAGGUUAUUCUGAUACAAGUUAAUGUACAUUUAUAAAUGUAUUUUACCUGAGAAACUUAUUUAAGCUACAAAUUAUUCUGUAUUUAACAAAAGACCUACAAAGUCAACAAACAAAUAUAUUCAGAUUAAUCAAUUAUUUUUUUUAAAUCAAACCAAUAGCUUACCUUAUUCUAAACUCCUUUAUGCCUUGUUAAUGCCAGAAAUAAUAAUUUUACCUUAAAUAUGAAUCUUGCAACAUCAGAUGGCUUGGCAAGUGAUUUGCUUUUCGCAAAUUUCAAUCAAGAUUUUACAUCACUUGCAGUAGGUGGAAGGUAUGGAUAUCGGAUUUUGGGUUUAAAUUCAGUUGAUCAAUUGGAAGAAACCCAUUCUGAAGAAAUGAGUGAUGUCUGUCUUGUUGAACGGUUAUUUUCAAGCAGUCUUGUCGCGCAUGUCAGUUUGACUUCGCCCAGGAAACUGAAGGUUUGCCAUUUCAAAAAGAAAACCGAAAUUUGCAACUACAGUUACUCAAACACGAUUCUGGCUGUGAAGCUCAAUCGUAUUCGCCUUGUUGUUUUGGUGGAGGAAAGUUUAUACAUUCACAACAUUCAUGACAUGAAGGUCCUUCACACUAUUCGUGACACACCCUCCAACCCCCAUGGUAUUUGUGCAUUGAGUGGGAGCAACGAUAAUGCUUUGCUUGCAUACCCUGGUUCCCCCCACACAGGCGAAGUCCAAAUCUUUGAUGUAGCAAACCUUAAGGCGGUGACAAUGAUACAUGCACACAACAACCCUCUUGCUGCGUUGUCAUUUAACAGGUCAGCAACACAACUUGCAACGGCAUCGGACAAAGGAACUGUAAUCCGAGUCUUUUCUGUGAUAGAUGGAAACAAACUGUUUGAAUUCAGGCGGGGCAUGAAGAGAUGUGUCAGUAUUUGCUCACUAGCAUUUAGUGCAGACUCACUCUUCCUAGCAGCCUCAAGUAAUACUGAAACUGUACAUCUGUUUAAACUCGAAUCAGUGGCCACUCCUCCAUCACACCAGGUCCAACAGUUUCAACAAAACAACAGCCCCAACGAUUCAACUUGGAUGGACUAUUUUAAUAAAGUGAUAUCUAGCUCAUCCACGUAUUUACCAACCCAAGUUAGCGAACUUAUGACUCAGGAUCGAGCAUUUGCGACAGUGAAGUUACCGUUUUCUGGAUUGAAAAACGUUUGCGCUUUGACAGUGAUCCAACGACUUUUGCGAGUUGCGAUAGCAUCUGCAGAUGGCUACCUAUAUAUCUAUAACCUAGAUACAGAGGAAGGUGGUGAAUGCACAUUGGUGAGGCAACACAGACUUGAUGGACAAGGUGCAAUCUCUAUCUCACACAGCCCCAUACACACAUAUGCUGAUGCCAUGAAAGGAAGGAGACAAGACUUCAUUGAUAAUCAGAGCCAAAAGUUGAGGACGAGUAGCACAGGAAGCACAGCGAGCACGAGUAGCAGCGAUGCAACCUCCUCACCUCGGUUACAAGGAUCCCCAAAAGGCAAGAUGUUAAACCCAAUAGAAGUGCACGAUGUAGCUGAAAGUUUACCACUAGAUGAUGAUAAUGAGUUUCCACCUAUGAUGCUACAUUGUGAUUGAAGUGAAUAAUGCAUGCUUUAAACACAGCAGGUUAUAUUUCACCAGCUUGACUUAGGAAGAAGACUCUGAUUUUAAUUUUUUAUCAGCAUUUUACUAUCUUUGUUCCAUUAUGAUGUGAUUUUAAAGUUCUGUUAAUGAAAUUUUACAAACUGAAGGGUGUUUUCCUAUUCUUAUCAUGUUAAAUUUAAUUCAAUGCAAUUGUUGGAAUGAUCUUUGUAUACACUUUAUUCAGUUUAAUUAAUAAUGCUUCGCUAUUGGUAGGGGUUGGUUAUGGUGUGUAAAUUGGUGAAAGGCUUGUUUUAUUCAAACAAAAAAAAUUCUAAAUUUUUAAAAUAGAAAAAUUAUUGCUCCAGUUAGUAUAUUGUCCCGUUUAUUUUUUCUUGUGUAUUUAUCACUGUGUUGUACAACUUGAAAUACUUCAUUUAAACUUAAAUCAAAUAAGUCCUGAUCAAUUACAUGUUCUAACUUGGUUUAUUGUUAUAUUGUCUUGGACUCUUUUAUCAAACAAUUUGUUUGUUACUGUGUGACCAAGUAAUACUUGUGUUGUAGACUGUAGUCAUACCGUGUGCAAUUUAUGUUUUUUUGUUCUGAUGUUACAGCAUUGGCAGUUUAUAUCCCUCAUUUAAAAAUUUUCAGUUGGUGUCCUGGUAUGCAUAGUUUAUUUUUAAUACCAUGCUUGCCUGGUGUGUUGUCAUCUGUCAUAGCAUGGUGCUUUAACUGCCCAUCUACAUUUGUAUUCUAACAUUGAUCAUUAUUAUUUUAAACUUUAGUGCUUUUGCUAUCACUACUAGCAUACGCCAUUAGAUCUUUCUGUAAUAAAAACAAAGUACAAAACU